CGGACGGCUACAGGGGUAGAGAAGGGACUGCCUUUCUGAACAGCUUCUCCUGCAGCCUGUGACCAUGAGGCUGGCUGUGCUGCUCCUAGCGGCCGCGCUCUUUGAACUUGCUGCCUGCCAGAGACAGGACCCCUUCUUCUGGCUGUCCGCCCUGCGCAGCCGGGGUUACACCCACGGGGUGCUGCAGGCUGACACCACCGGGGGCGAAUGCCCCAUCGAGUGCGACUGCCCACCCAGCUUCCCCAUCGCCAUGUACUGCGACAACCGCAACAUACAGUCUGUCCCUUACAUCCCGUCCCGCAUUAAGUACCUUUACCUGCAGCACAACCAGAUCACCAGUAUCCCUGACGGGGCUUUCGACAAUGCCACCGGCCUCGUGUGGAUCAUGCUGCACCAGAACCGGAUCAGCUCUGACAAGGUUGGCAAGAGGGUUUUUGCCAAGCUCUCCAAUCUGGACCGGCUUUACUUGGACAACAACAACCUGACACGCGUGCCCCCAAACCUGCCAAAGUCCCUGAGGGACCUGCGGCUGAACAACAACAAAAUAUCCAAAAUCUCGGCCAACUUGUUCGAGGGCAUGACCAGCCUGACCAUCCUGCUCCUCAAUGACAACGCCAUCCAGGAGGUGGGCGGGGCCCUGAAGGGGCUCGACUCCCUGACCCUGCUGGACAUCAGCAACAACAAGCUGAAGAAGGUUCCUGACAGCCUGCCUGGGAUGCUGCACCAGCUCUACCUGGAGUCCAACAGCAUCGAGGCCAUCCCGGCUGGCUUCCUCAGCAAGUUUGUCAAACUGCAGUACGUUCGGAUGUCCCACAAUGCACUGACCGACCGCGGGAUUCCCUCCAACAGCUUCAACGUCACUGGCCUGGUGGAGCUGGACCUGUCUUACAACAAGCUGGAGAGGAUCCCCCUGGUCAGCACCAGCCUGGAGCAUCUCUACCUGCAGGCCAAUCAAAUCAAAGAAUUCACCAUUGGAAGCCUCUGCAGUGUGGUGGACAUCAUGAAUUUCUCCCACCUGAAGGUCCUGAGGCUGGAUGGUAAUGAGAUCACCAGAGAUGACCUGCCCAAUGAUGCCGCCCUCUGUUUACGUCUUGCUGCCACCAUUGAGCUGUAGGCUUACUGAACUACCAGCAGGGGGCGUAUGAGAAAGAGCUCCUCCUUCCUGUUUCUUAUUUUCUGUUCCUGUGACUCAAUACUCAGGACUGCGCAGACCUUUCGGCUUAAACUCAGAGCAAUAUUUGGUACAUGAACUUCAAAAGCUAAAUUUUCAAAUUUUCAAAAAACAGGUUCAAGUAGGCCUCCCUCUCUUGAAGAAUAUGGAAAAUACCAAUGGGUUUUAUUCUACACCUAGAACAUGAACCUAUAACAUGACGAAGAUAUAUUUCCUUUUGUUUUCCUGGGUACCAUUCAGUCAAAGGCUCAAGUCUGACCAUUGGU